AUGGCACAAUUAUUAUCAAAUGAAGAUGAAGUUUUGGGAGCAUUCGAUCCGUCGAUUGCUGCUUCGAAACGAUUUAAGCAUCCAAUAGCUGUCUUUUUUCAUAUGGCAUUCCGUUCAUUGGCUAUAGUCGCUUAUUUUGUAUGUUCAUGGGCGAAAGCAAGUUUUGUUACAUCAUUUGUUAUCAUAAUUAUAUUACUCUCAAUGGAUUUUUGGACAGUAAAGAAUAUAACCGGCCGGUUAUUAGCCGGCCUUCGGUAUUGGAAUUAUGUUGAUGAUGCUGGCAAUAAUCAUUGGAUAUUUGAAUCGAAAAAAGGAGACGAUAAAAAUACUGUUUCACAGACAGAGUCAAAUCUUUUUUGGCUUUCAUUAAUAUUUACCAUACUUCUCUGGGUACUUUUAACUAUAACGACAUUAUUUUCACCGACCUAUAUUAUCAUAACAGGUGUUGCUUUAGCGCUGAAUAUCACAAAUUUAUACGGAUUUAUUCGUUGUAAAUUUGGUUCAAAUGGGAACAUCUCUGAUGAAAUGAAAAAAACAGUAUUCAAAUCAUUGCUUUCGCGUGUUACUGGCGAUGGUAGUAGUGCUCCAACGUCGACUGAUUCUCAACAGCAAUCUACAACUACUCGAACCAUGUUCGGACCCUGA